GCUCACUCAUUUCGUGUGUUUAUUGCAUCGUGCAUCAAUUUUUCAACCUGCAGUCGUGACUCGUGAAACAAUGUGAAAUUUUAAGUUUUUAGUCUCAAAUUAUUGUGAAAAGUAUCCAAAAUGAGCUAUUACCGACCAAAUUCAAACUACUCCGCGUCACACUACGCUGGUCGUUCAUCAAAACCUGAACAAAAUGGCAACUUUCCACGUUCCAGUCAAGCAGCACCAAGAGACCCUCCGCCACCAGGAAUUUUUGACGAGCCGUACUUGCAUGUGGAAUCAGCCGACUUUAGUGUACCUCCUCCAGUAAUUCCCCCCGUUAGACCAGCCUCCCAACCACCACCUCAUUAUGCCACUCCCACCAGUGGCAAUGGUGCACCGUCACGAUAUCAUUCUUCCGGAUCACAGUCGUACUACUCGGGUCAGUAUCCAUCGUCAUCCAAGUCAUCAUCUUCGCGGUACUACGGUUCGUCCGGUUCGCGAACCAGCGAGAGAAGAGAAGGUUCGGAAACGUACUCGAGCCAUUCGAAGAAAGACAGCUACGGUAGAAGCCGUUCUUCGCCACCUCCUGGCAGCCACUCGUACCGCAGUGGCCGCAGUCAUUCCGUUCCUACUAGGGAUCACGACCGCAGCCCAAAAAGUCGUGAUCGAGAACGGGACCGUGAUCGAUCAACAAGAUCUUCUACCCGGACGGAUCACACAAGACGGGCAGAAUCGUCCGCUCCUGACAGCAGCAAAGAACGACCGCCGCGAGCUUCCAGAUUUAAAGUGGACUCUGAGCGUGAAGCAAUAUUGUCGAAAUGGCGUAAAAACUUUUGCGAGACCCCCGAAGAUAUUCGUAGGAAACUGGCCGAACUAACCAACGACGACGAGAAAACGUCAUGGGUUCGAUCAUCUCCAGCGGAUUUAUUCUACCGGAGAAUUUCCGACAAAGUGGUCGAAGGAACACCCCGAUUGGAUGCCCUGUGUGCUUUGUUCGAGGAGGAACUUCUGCGUCGAUCGGAUCGUAUCAGGGCCAAGCAAGCGCCUUACCAGCCGCCACCGAGGAAGCACAAAGUUCGCAUCUGUCGGCAUAAGAAUGACAAAUGCUCCUCGUCGGACUCUUCGGACGACGAACUGAAUUUUGAGGAAGAGUGCAGCAUGGAAGAACUAACAGUUAAGAUAAAGCAUCCCUAUCGGCUGCACGCGGAUCUGUGGCACAACGAUGCGGGAGAAAUGAACGAUGGUCCGCUGUGCCGAUGUUCGGCAAGAUCUAGAAGAACUGGAAUACGGCAUGGAAAGUACCCCGGAGAAGUUGGCUUCAGCAAAUGCUUAUCUAAUUCAAACAAUGCAGACAAGCUGUACCAUUACAGAAUUACCAUUUCACCGCCCACAAACUUUCUGACUAAAACCCCAACAAUCAUAAAGCACGAUCAGCACGAAUUCCUUUUUGAAGGAUUCUCGCUCUUAUCGCAUCAACCGAUCGGAGAACUUCCUACGUGUAAGGUGAUCCGCUUCAACAUCGAAUACACCAUCCUUUACAUCGAAGAGCAGCUGCCGGAAAAUUUCACGAUCAGUGAGCUGGAUCUCUUCGAGCGAUUCAUGUUCAAGGAGUUGCUUGAACUGAUUGAUUUCACCGUGUUUCCGUCGGGUGCUGGUCCGGAGAAUUCGUGUCCUUGCUAUCAUUUCCUUCCUAGGUUUGUUCGGGAUCUACCGGAUAAUGGAAAGGAAGUGCUGGCCAUGUGUGAAGUACUACGUUACCUUUUGGACAAUUCUGGUCCAUUGGUUGCUCCGGAUAUACUGAAGGAAAUGAAUGAUCUUAGCCAAAUCGAAUGGCAGGAUUACGUCGACUACGUAAAAGGAAUGGUGGUGACAAAUCCCGGCAUGAAGCCAUGUUCAGUGCGGGUGGAUCAGUUGGAUCGGAAUGUGACGGACGUCCCCAAGGCCAAUCUGACCGAUGAUGAGGGCAAUGUCCACCCUGUCAUCGUUCAUUUUGGUAUCCGCCCCCCUCAGUUGAGCUACGCUGGCAAUCCUGAGUACCAGAAAGCUUGGCGUGAAUACGUGAAGUUCAGACAUUUGAUAGCAAACAUGUCCAAGCCAUCGUUCGAGGAUAAACGUAAGUUGGAAGCGAAGGAGAACCGAUUGUUGGAAAUGCGAACACAGGGCCGGAUGAAACGGAAUAUUACGGUUGCCGUUAGCGCCAAAGGAUUCCACCGAACGGGAAUCAUGUGUGACAUGGUGCAACAUGCCAUGGUUAUUCCGGUACUAACGGGACACUUGCGGUUCCAUCGGGCGCUUGACGUACUGGAGGAGCACAUUGAUUACAAGUUCAUCAAUCGUUAUACGCUGCAGCUGGCCUUGACGCAUCCUUCGUACAAGGAAAAUUUCGGCACCAAUCCGGAUCACGCCCGAAACAGUUUGACCAACUGUGGCAUUCGGCAACCGGAGUACGGCGAUCGGAAGAUUCAUUUCAUGAACACUCGCAAGCGCGGUAUCAAUACGCUUAUCAGUAUCAUGUCUCGGUUUGGCAAGGAAUACGAAACCGAUAGCAACAUAACGCACAACGAACGGUUGGAGUUUCUGGGCGACGCAGUGGUGGAGUUUAUAACAUCGAUCCAUCUGUUUCACAUGUUCCCAGAUUUGGAAGAAGGUGGUUUAGCAACGUACCGAGCGGCCAUCGUACAGAAUCAACACUUGGCCGUGCUGGCCAAAACGCUGCACCUGGAAGAGUUCAUGCUGUACGCCCAUGGGUCUGAUCUGUGCCACGAGCUGGAACUGCGGCAUGCCUUGGCCAACUGUUUCGAAGCAUUGAUGGGAGCUCUCCUAUUAGAUGGGGGAAUUGAAACAGCCGAUCGAGUGUUUGCCUACGCACUGUUCCACGAGGAUACAAAUUUGAGGAAUAUUUGGGUCAACUAUCCACCGCAUCCGCUACAGGAGCAAGAACCUUUGGGCGAUCGCCACCAUAUCAAAUCAUUCGAAAUGCUGAAAACGUUGACUAAGUUUGAGGAUGCCAUUGGGGUGAGCUUCAAUCACAUCCGGCUGUUGGCUCGAGCUUUCACUGAUAGAUCGAUUGGAUUUACCAACUUGACGCUGGGUUCGAACCAGAGACUGGAAUUCCUAGGGGACACCGUACUGCAAUUGAUUUGCUCGGAGUACUUGUAUCGGCACUUUCCGGAACAUCACGAAGGACACUUAUCGCUGCUGCGAAGCUCGUUGGUCAACAAUCGAACCCAGGCCGUCGUUUGUGACGAUUUGGGAAUGACUACGUACGCGGUUUAUUCCAAUCCGAAAGCUGAUUUGAAAACCAAAGAUAGAGCAGAUUUGCUGGAAGCUUUCCUGGGGGCUCUCUACGUCGAUAAGGGUCUUGAGCACUGUGAAACUUUCUGCCACGUGUGUCUAUUCCCAAGAUUGCAAGACUUCAUUAUGAAUCAAGACUGGAACGAUCCAAAAUCGAAGCUGCAGCAAUGUUGUCUAACGCUUCGUACGAUGGACGGAGGAGAACCGGAUAUUCCAAUCUAUAAGGUCAUCGAGUGUAACGGUCCCACGAACACUCGUGUUUAUACCGUGGCCGUGUAUUUCCGUGGUAAACGGUUGGCCUGCUCAAAUGGCCACAGUAUUCAACAAGCCGAGAUGAAUGCUGCUAAAAAGGCACUCGAAAAUUCGAAGGAUCUGUUUCCGCAAUUGGAUCAUCAAAAACGAGUUAUUGCACAGAGCUUGAAGAGGCAACGGGUACGGAGGGGUUCCAUGGACGACCGUUCGGAUGAUCCAGAUCGACUAGACGGAGGCUCUUCCGGGUCAUCCUCCCCGUCUGAUUCAUUUAGAAAAAGGCGUAGAAGGGUACCGGAAACGCCACAACUACCGAAGCAGUAUCAAAUGAAGGAUAGCGACAGCGACAUGUCGGCCGAUGAACGGGAAAAGAAGAAACGCUCUAGAAGGCUACGGAAAAAAUCUCGUUCCGUAGAGAAAAUUCCCGAUCGUCCGGUAAUAAACACGCAUGACAAGCCCAAGUCGAAGGCGAUUAGUCUGGUGGAACAGUACGAGUCCCUAUCGGAUGAAGUUGAUCUUCAACUGGAAGCUAUCUCUGAAUCAGAUGAAGACUUUGAUGUCAAGUCGAACCUCAAGCAGGAAAAUAAAAGCGGUGUGUUGUUGUCUGGCUCCAACAGCAGUGAAAAUGUUGCCGAAAAUGUUGCCAUAAAGGUGGAAAAGGAAACGUUUGCCAGUUCGGUGCAGAUGUUCAAAAUAGAAGGCACCGACGAUGUAUCAUCGGAUCUUGAAUCAGGUGAAACUGAUUAAAAUUUUGGGGUAAGUAAAAUUUGUUUAACAAAAA